UUCAAUCGAAUUCUUCUUCUCUUUCUUCUUCCAAACUCUUACAAAUCGCGACACCUUCCAUAAUUUCCUUUCAUCAUUUGCAAGAAGCUCACUGUGAUGUCGAUUCUAAUGAUCAGCAGGAGGAAGAUUUUUCCGAUGAGUGCUUGGGCCGCCGGUCGCCGGUUACUCUUUCCGGUGGCCUUCCUUGGUCCAUCUGCUUCAAUCUCUCAGUUGCCGUCGGAGCAGACGCCCAAAUCGCUUUCAGAGACAUAUCGUACACUUGCAUGCCCUAGUUUCUGUAGACCGGGGCUUCAUUCGCCUGUUAAUCGCUUCGAGGCGAGUAUAAAAGGAGUUUCGAAGGUCUGUCGAUUUUCAAGCCAGGCCUUGGACGGUCUUCCAGUUUUUAGGACGGUGGAUGUGCCGUUGGCUCAAACUGGUGAAGGGAUUGCUGAAUGCGAGCUUCUUAAAUGGUUUGUGAAGGAGGGGGAGGAAGUUGAAGAAUUCCAACCAAUUUGUGAAGUUCAGAGUGACAAAGCAACGAUCGAAAUAACUAGUCGAUACAAAGGAAAAGUUAGUCGACUUCUAUAUGUUCCGGGUGAUAUUGUGAAGGUUGGAGAAACUCUUUUGAAACUACUUGUUGAUGAAUUCGAGGAUGGAACUCCGGUUUCAGGGUUAACUGAAGAGCAUUUGGCUAAACCUGAAUUAGUGGUUUCUCAACUGGACAAAAGUAAAGGAGUUGGAGUUCUGUCCACCCCAGCUGUUCGCAAUCUUGCAAAACAAUAUGAUAUCGAUAUAAAUGAUGUCCGUGGAACUGGUACAGAUGGAAGGAUAUUAAAAGAUGAUAUUCUCCAGUAUGCUGUCAAAAAAGGAAUUAUUGAAGAACAGCGUGUUUCUUCUGCUCCUAGUCCUAAAGAGCAAUUAGUUGAAUCAGAAACUUACCCGAAUGCACAAGAUGAAGUUCGGUGGAGCUACGAGGAUAAGAAAGUUCAAUUGAGAGGAUAUCAACGAGCCAUGGUUAAAUCUAUGACCAUUUCUGCAAAAGUCCCCCAUUUUCAUUAUGUAGAGGAGAUCAAUUGUGAUGGACUUGUGGAACUUAAAGCAUGUUUCCAAGAAAAUACGACCGAACCAGAUGUCAAGCACACUUUUCUUCCAUUAUUGAUCAAGUCGCUUUCUAUGGCAAUGAGCAAAUAUCCAAUGGUCAAUAGUUGCUUCAAUGAAGAUUCAUUUGAGGUCACUCUCAAAGGCUCCCAUAAUAUCGGAAUUGCCAUGGCUACUCCAAAUGGUUUGGUUGUGCCGAAUAUCAAGAGUGUCCAAUCUCUUUCUGUAUUGGAGAUCACAAAGGAGCUUUCUCGGUUACAACGACUGGCAAUGGAUAACAAGCUUAGUCCUGUCGAUAUAUCGGGCGGGACAAUAACCUUGAGCAAUAUUGGAGCCAUUGGUGGAAAAUUUGGUUCCCCUCUGCUCAACUUGCCUGAAGUGGCCAUCAUUGCAAUGGGUCGAAUCAAGAAGGUUCCACAGAUUACUGAAGAUGGGGACGUGUACCCCGCAUCGAUCAUGACGAUCAACAUUGGCGCAGACCAUAGAGUAUUGGAUGGAGCAACAGUGAGCAAGUUCUGUAACGAGUGGAAACGGUUCAUUGAAAAUCCAGAUCUUCUCGUCUUGCAUAUGAGAUGAUGAUCAUGGAAAGUUAAUGUAUUUUAAUUAAAUAAAUUUGAAAUAGAAUCCAAAUGAUCUAAUAAUAAUUAUGGUGAAGUUCAACAGA